UUUUAAUUAAAACGCCAGCGUUAUUGUGAAAUAAAUAAUGGUUAAUAAAUUAACGAACACACAGUGUGCCGGAAUUCAGUGAGAAGGUAACGCACAUUGCAGCAAAAAUGCGCGAGCCCAACUUAUACGUUAUAUUAUCACACGCGCUAAUUGGCUCGGGCUUCUUUUUUCUGUAUAUGCAACAUGUGCGCGUGAUCUUUGAAACACGUACUAAUAUCCAGCAUUUGAAUCAGCUGGAGCGAGAAUCGUUGCUGAGACGCGAGGAUGCGCUCUACUAUACCUUUUACAAGACACUUGCCGAGGGUCCCGACUUUUGGCAUGGCUACGAGCAGCUAAAGAAUGUCACGGACAUCGAGUAUCCGCAUAGUGUCAAUGUGUUGCAACGUUUCUAUGUUCUGCCCGAGCUCGUCGCUGCCUAUUUUUUCCAUGUGGUGCGCAAUGGCUACAAUCCCAUUAUACAGCCCAUGCAGUUCUACUUUGAAUUUGUGUGGCUGAUGGGCGGCGUAACGCUCCUAGUACUUUAUUUAUAUGGCACGCUGCUUAGCGAGAAUGUCUUUGGCGGCAUCUAUGGCGUCAUUUCCUAUCUGAUGUUUCAUAGCUUUGCCUCCAAAAUCUACGAGCGUCCCCUGGCACGCGAGAAUUUUGCAUUUCCUUUCAUAUUUCUGCAGAUGUUUUAUCUAUGCAUUUGUAUUGGACGCGUUAUACACAGACAGAAGCACACAUCUCGUGUGUUUAUGGUCUUUGUAAUGUCCAUGUUUACCGCCUGCGCAUUGCUGUCGUGGCAAUUCUCUUCCAUAAUAUUUACCACACAAAUACUGAUUGUGAUGACGUCGUGGAAUGCCAUGUCAAUGCCCACCUGCUUGGCCAAUACCUUCGCCUUGGACUACUCACUGUCGCAAGUGUUGGGAAAUGCCAUUGCUUUUGUGAUGUCUCAUGGCAACAGCCAAUUGCUCUUCACCUGGCAGCUGAGUGUAUCAGUGGGUCUUUUUCUCAUCACUUUGAUGCGCCAGAUGCCUAGUCGACGUCAUUCAACUGACGGGCUGCAGUGGGACUAUUUCUCCUUUAAAUUCAUUCUCCUGGCUCUGCUGGUAAGCAGUAUGCAGGCCAUGCUGCUGGAUUGGUUGGGCAAGUCGGGAUUUUUGAAUGCACAGGACAACACAGACGUACACUAUUGCGAUCUCUGGGCCUACUGGAUGCUGCAAGUGAAGGUAAAUUUCGUUACCAAUUUGUCGGCCUGUAAUCCCCUAUAUGCGCGGGUCGCCUGGUCGGAACUGUGGCAGCUAGUAAAGACACUAAUUGUGAAGCCCUACUGCAUGUAUGGCGUCGUUAUGUUAGCCAUGUUCUUUCGCAAAUGGCGCAAGAGUAAUGUGCCGUCGAGUGUGACUCAAGAGCAGCGCGAACGUGCUCGCAAUUAUGUGCUGGAGGAUUUUCUCGAGGAGCAUCAUGUGUCCAUGAACGACAUGUCCAACAAGCAAACCGAACAACAGCUCAAGAAAUGCUUUGAAAUGCUUGAGAGCUGUGAUCAUGACUAUGAGCGCUACAAGCGUGAAAAGGCCAAACUGCAGCAAGAGCAGCCUCACACGCGCGAAGAAUUCAUGCAGGACAUUAAGCGACUGAAGGCGCAAAUACAUCGCAACAGCGACAAACAGCGCAAAGAGCGACGUGCCGAGCAGGAAGCGACGGCGAAUGAAAACGAUACCAAAGAUGCAGCACAGCUGCAAGGAGAAAGAGAACUGGAGGAGCAGUCACAACACCCUGAAAACUGUGAGAGCGAAACUGAUGAAACUUUGCCGUCCAAAGCGCCAAAUCCGGCCGGCGUUGAAGACAGCGGACGGGUCAAUGCUGCCACCUCAGCUCCAGCAAAUGGCAAGCGUCGUACAACGACGCGUCGCGAUGAUACUACAACGCCAAGGGCCAAUGUCCAAAUACUCAAUCUACACUACAUGUACAGCUUCAUGCAAAUGAUUGUCUUCACUCUGAUUGGCCUCACUGUGCGCAAACUGUUCUUCCUGAGCUUUACCCAAGGUUGUGUGAUUGCUCCCACCGUUUGCUCCAAGGUCUGGUACCAUCGGCAGCGCAACAUUUUCUGGUCCGUCUCGCUGGCUGUGUUUUUGCUCAGCAUGUUCGACCCGGGCAUGGUGAACAUACGUGAGGAGUAUUUUCCAACGCGUUACACGCACAACGCCGACGAUCUGGACAGUAUGCUGGAGUGGAUUAAACUAAAUACAGAACGUGAUGCAGUUUUUGCGGGUCCUGUCGAGAUUAUAGGCACUGUGCAUUUGACAACCAAGCGACCGAUUGUGAAUCAUGCGCAUCUUGAAAUGCGUCAAGUUGCCGAGCGCACGGAGCAUGUAUAUUCGGUUUAUAGCCGGCAACAAUCGUCCGAUAUUUAUAAUCAGUGCGCUCAAUUAAAAAUCCAAUACUUGAUCAUAUCACUGGACGAGUGCACAAAUGAAGUGCGCGACGAUUGUGAUAUCUUAUCCAUCUGGGAUGACAAACAGCCUGCAUAUCGCAAAUACCCGCAGUUCUGUCACGAACUAUUGCAUAAGAAUGUACCGAGCUUCCUGAAAGUUUAUGCGAAUGAUAACUACGGCAUCAUCAAGAUGUUCUCCCAAAGCGUGCAAAUCAACCUGAAGCACAACAAAAUGCCCGAAAUGUCCAUAUGAGAUAUCGACUAGUGCCCCAAUUUCGUGCAUUCGACAUUCGUUGAAAUUAUUUUGCAUAUUAUUUGCGGCUAUUAUUAUUUUUUUUACAUUUA